AUGAACAACUCGGCCAUUCUCAAAGUCUCCUAUUACAGAAUAUAUAAAACACCAGUAACUGUAAAUUUACAAGGAACCACCCCAUUUCCCCCCAUCAUCCUAAACAUCCACAACGCCUCUUCAAAGCAUCCAAUUUGCGCAUACCCAUUAACCAUCGAAUUUCAAAGCACAACAUCUCUAACAUGCAAAUCCAUGGAGAAAUUUUGGAACCCGUUUUUAUGGAACACAGGAAGCCAUUUUCUACCUCUAUCCGGUUGUUUUUUAUUGAGUUUGGAAGCUGUAGAUCCAUGCUUUUUCAUUUUUGAAAGAGAAAGAGAGAUUGGUGAGAGAGAAAGAAGAAUUCGUGGGGGAGAGAUGAGAGGUUGA